AUGCCUGGAUAUACCGGGACCUUCGCUGAAGAGUGUAGCGGUGCACGGUGUCGCCGACGCCACUUGGUGGCAAAGAAAACUCCAACCGACGCUUCCACGAAUGCGACAUGGACCCUUCAGCUGCUGUUAGGGCAAUAUUUCGUAAAUGAGAUCAAGUAUCCAGAUCUUCCCAGCCGAUUCAGUCAAUUCCAACUUGUUGAACGAUUGGAAGAGGACAGACCAGAUGAGCUCGCGAUCUGGUGUUCGAACGUUGCGGAAACUUUAGGAAACCAAGCCCAUCUCAUCAAGAAUGCUACCCAAAAAACGGAGAUAUGCUUAAUUUUAGCAUCCAUGAACAGCUUCUGUUCAUUACAAAAUGAGUGGUGGAACGCCGACGGCCGUACCCGUCUACCGUAUUGGCUGCACCAUCUGAUCAAACGAAGCCACCCCUUCGACCCACUCCUGCCGUGCGAUCGAACAUUACAUAUCAAGGGUGAAGGCUGCGUGCGAUACAUCAAGUCAAUAUGGGGAUCGCGAAAGAUCAACAUCUCUGCUUUCACUGGAAUGGAGAGAUACUCUGCCCCUCCAUUCCCCAUGGGUGCUAGUCAGUUCAGCAUGAGCAACUCCAAUCAUGUUUCGACUCUGAACGCUGACGCAUAUUUCCCGGUUACAAGCAUAAACAUCGUGCACGAGCCCCAAGGUCUGAGAAAGUUUCCAGAACUUGAUGUCGUCUCAACCACCAGCUGGAGUAUGGCUACUUCUCAUAGAGAGACGCCUGAUCGAUUUCCGUUCAUCUUCAAGGAUGAAUGUCCUGUGCUGCGAGAGGGAUGGAACCUGGAAACGAGGAGAGAGAGAGAUGACUCAAUACUCUGA